AUGGAUAACGCACACCUUUGUGCAGCCAAUGUAGCUGUUAAGCAGGCCCUCAUCAAGCGAUUGCAAGGGGUGCUGAGGCGUAUUCUCGAGAAUGCACGCCAACAACAGGCGGCUGGAGGGGCCACUGCUGCUGAGGUGCCAGCGCUGACUCCCAGAGAUGUCCUUGACCUCUGCGAUUGCGUGCAGCACAUCUUAUCGCAUGGAAUGAAAAAGCCCUUAGUUAAAGACAUAGCCAAGCUGUUUAAGCGAAAGACAAUGCCAAAUGACACAUGCGCAGAGGAAAUCGAAGACUUUUGGCCUGUGGUGGAGGCUGUUUCGAGCGCACAUCCCAACUAUGCGCAAUUUUUGGCGCGUGUGGUAUCGCUGGCGUCUGAUAAGUCUGAGCGAGGGCUGAUGUGGAUCAAACAGAGUGUGAGUCAGCGCGUGCUAGCGACCCAUGUUAUGUUUGUGGCAAAGAAGGGGCCCUUGUCCCAUCUGCCCAGGUAUUACCAUCCCUGGGCAUUGAUGCGUGACGCUCCUGCCGUAGAGGCUGUUUUGAGUUCAAUUGCGCAGUUGGAAAGGCCGCUGGGUGUUCACAUUGCCGCAGACAAUACACAGUCAGCGCCACAUUCAGGUGUCUCUGCAGUGGCCGAUCCCAAAACCAGCGCUAACGGAGUUACAGUGUGCAAUGAUGUCAACGGAUUGGUCGAUGAGGUGGUCAGUAGUGAUGAACCCUCGGACGUACUAAGUAGCACGCCACACUCUGAUAUGGCGUUACCGCGAGGAAGUAUUGGAGGUUUAGUUGAGAGGGAUGUGGUUGUUAUGUUUGAUAUGACACCUGCUGACACACAAGCACUUGUGACACGUUGCGCAUCACCCUCCAUAGCCAAUAGCCAUCAGGUAUCGAAACAACACCAGGACUCACCAUCCGACCGAAAAUGGAUCGGAUCCCAAGACCCGUUUAUAAACGUCACUACAGUACACCCAGAUCAGUCACAGGCCGCUACAUGCUCUAGACCAAUUGACGUGGCCUCUCAAACGGGCGUUUCUAGCGGCGCUGAGUGUAGCAAGAAGACUUUGCCGUUAGAACAGACCGAUAUUUCGGACGCCAUGGUAGACAGCCACAUGUCAGGCAAUGGCAUGCACACUGCUGCAGUAGCAGAUGUCUCCUGUCGAGAGAGAGAUAGGGAGUGCAGUGCGCGUGAUGGCUUGUCACCGCCAAUGGAUCGUGACUGGUUCAAUGGCUCCGAUUGCCUAGUCGACGAGCUUAGUCACCAUGGAGGUCUUCUAGGGGGCGAUGCAAACAACCACUCGCCAACGUUUGCACACGUUCCUACAGGCUUCACGGACGCAGAGUCGAAUAAGAAACUCGAAGCAGUGCUAGGGACAGAUUUGCUCGACCCAAGUCCCAACCAUCAGCCCAUUGGAGCUUCGCGUAAAUUUAAAGGUAAACGAAGAGGCGGUCGUGUUAUCAAAGAGCUUCAGAAUGGAACUGUGGAUGAUACUCACAGUGCCGAUGGGAGUCGUAGAAGGGUACAAAACAACAGGUCAGAGAAGACGAAGGGGAAGAAGUCUGUGCCCCCAACCGCCGCUGGAUCAGUGCCGACAUCGCGAGACACUACACCCCUGGAUACCCCACCAACCAACCCACACCAACCACCCAACCCGUCUUAUGAGUCAGCGACAACGCCACUCGACAAGCACGCACAGACACAUCCGACCUUUGCAACAGCCACAGCAGACACCUAUACACAGCAUGCACCGACACCACAGGCUGUCUUUAUUGUCUUAAGAGAUGGAGCAGUGACCCCACCCUCACCCGACGCCCCACCUGGGCCAUUAGGUGCUGUGGCCGAUGCAGCACCAGACGUACCGCCAUCGCUCGCCUUGGACGAUGAGGGCAUUGAGCUGCAGCAAACGUCCGCUGUAUCCACACCAAGCAUUCCUUCUUCCAUGCCAAGCAUUCCUUCAUCCACGCCAAGUGUUCCUGCAGUUGUCCUCCGAUCGCCUUCGAGUGCCUCGAAUGAUCCACUGCAGCGUUCGAAUGCCAAUCUGAACAGCAGCUCGGUCGUAGACACUCUUUUGGAAGAACAUAAUGGAGAGCAUUGCGAUGUUGCUACUAUGGACGACGAUGGAACCAUUAGCGACAAGAUGUCAAUGGGUGACAAUAACACCUUUGCAGAAACCGGCACUGUCUCUGACAUUGGAUGCGUGGUGAACGCUACUCCUGCGACCGUUGCUGAAUGUUUUGGAGUUCAAGCACAGCUGCUGCACAGUACAAUGCACACACCUGCAAAUCAGUUGAAACCUAAAAGUGUUUCCAACAGUGGCACGCCAGUUGUAUCAGAUUCAGAAUGCCAGCUUAGUAUUGAUAUACCACAAGGCAUCGACGGCAAUGCUGGGGAAGCAAUGAUGAAGCCAUCCACUGAGUUUCCGAGUGCGUCAAGUUAUUCUUGGAGUGGGGCGGAAAUCAUCAGUGAACUACACAAUGAUAGUGUGGAUGGGCAUGGUGACAACGUGACAGAUGCCAAUGGCAGUUAUCCGAAUCAAAGCCCAUCUGUAUAUACUGUGGAGACUCAAAAAACUAAUAUGAGCCCCUCAUUCGACACUGUCGUAAAUGGAAGCGCUGAUGAUCCAGACUGCCCUGUUGCGGUGGCACGAGAGAGCACUGUCGAAAUACACACGUCUUCUGUAAAAAAUGUCCAGAAAAUGGCCAAAACUAUUCGCACCGAGCCACCACCCGCAUUAAUUAGCGCCGAGAAUGACAGUCUUGAAUCAGCGGAUUAUUUCCCAACGGAAGUAGAAGAAAAUGAUAAGCCAACGGAAGUAGAAGCAAAUGAUAACUCAACGGAAGUAGAAGAAAAUGAUAACUCAACGGCAGUAGAAGCAAAUCAUACAUCUACGGAGGGAGAGCGUGAUAGUGCGGCUCAUCAGUCGUCCACUGACAAUGCCAUGUGUGCAGAUGAUCAUAUGUCCAGCAGUUUGGAUGUACAUAACAUGAGGAAGGCGCAAGUUUUGUUUGCUGGUGGUGAGAUGAGCUGUAUUGGCAGUGAAGUGCAAAAAGGUGCUAUACAUCAGGCUGCUUACAAUUCAUCAUCAACCUCUCGCCAGCACUUGACCACAACUGGCGAUCGGCCGGCAAUCGAGACUCGCAGUUCAACUGAACACACCACAAACACAUCCGAAUCAAUAGAAAUACCAAUCAAAACAACGGCCACAUCAGCUGUUAUCAACACUGAUCCAUCUCCCACUCAGGCCACGAGUGCACCUGUGGAAACUCUCACCUCGGCAUUCAUGGAGGCAACCAUCCACACACCCGAACGGCACGCAUUCACGCCCACGCCAGCACAAAUGCAACAGCACGCACUCGCUACUCUGUCCCCUCCGCCACAGCCCAAGCGACCACGCACAGCAAGUGAUCUGCAGCAGAUGCACGCAGAGACCAACACGCUACGCACUGUGUGCAGCGACACAGACUACGAAGUGAAGGUCAACGACCACGCCAUGAGCAAAUUCAGAACAAGGUGGAACCGCCACCCACCAAUGCUCAGUCCACCACACGUGCAAAGCCAAACCCUAAAAACAACGUCACACACAAACAGCGCAGCAGAUGGCAAUACGGCUGAUGGCUCCACAGGUAACAGCACCAGUGACUGUGCACAUCACAGCGAUCGGGAAGACCUGGACGCUGAGAUCUUGUACCAUCAAACUGCUGAUAGCAAUAGUGCCGCCAGAGUGGAGGCUACGGCACAGCCGUUCGUUUCGCUGGGCCCGUCGUUAGGCGACGUAGGGAUGGAGGCAGGUGUAGGCGAUUUCCCUGUGGAUGCAGCAACGGUGGAUGGAUCGGCUGUGGGUGUGGUGGGGUUGGAUGAAGUCAUUCAGUCACUGCGUGCGACAGCACAGAACUCCACCAACGGCACCUCCAUGCAAAAUGCACGCAUACGCAAAUGGGGAACACCGCCGGCCGGAGAUACAACGCACACCACACCACACACCACUGAUGCAGCGGAACACGCACGUCGCCUAUCACAGCUGUAUGGGAGACAGAGCGACACUGUGGCACCGGAAAGCGCUGAAUCAGUAGAUGGUGUUGGGGUGGAGAAUGAGUUAGCGAUGGCUAUGCAAGACCUGCUGACGGCCGAUAUGCCGAUCCGAAAACCUUACGAGAUUAUACACACAGAUGGUGAACUUGUGGGAGAUGUAUAUGGUGAUCGAGAAGUGAAUUGUCAUUGCGAGGCAUCUGAGGAUGUAUGUAUAUGUUGUGCGGUGGAAGAUAGUGCUACUUCAUCACCGGCGUCUGUCCACAGCCUAGUCACAGCCACGGACACUACCAUAUCGGAUGCCCAUGUGACACUUGGGCCACCCAUGGAUUGUACGCAUGGUAUUAGCACAGCCGAAAGUGCGGUACAGGACACGCAAGUCUCAGUUGUAGCGCCCUCCAGAACCACAGUGAACCAUAGUGUGCAGUCGUUUGUGGACGAGAUAGGCGCAUCGCACAUGAUUGACACGGAUGUGCAUGAGAUUGUGGUGGGUUCUUGUUUAAGCCCAGAAGUGCUUUCGUUGCAACGAUCGCCAAAUUCUGCACUAUCAAGUGGCGGCACUACCUCGCCCAUGAACAACAGCAACGACCGCAUCAGUCCAAUGAGACAAGCUGUCAUGUCAUCUGAGCCGCUUGUGCACAAACGCCCGUCACGAUGGCGUACACCGCCUGACUAUGUGUGCACUGGCUGCCUGCGAAUGCGAGUAACCUUCAAGUACGGAUUUCGCUUCUGCAACCACGACGGCAGAUUUCACUGCCGCGGCUGCCACACCAACCACGCCGUGAUUAUUCCUGGGCGUGUUGUGCGUGAAUGGGAUUUCACACCACGUCCCGUGUGUGAUAGAUGUCGCGCUCUCAUCACCAGCGCACGCAGCGAUCCCAUUUACAACCUGCGCACUAUCAACUCAGACCUCUAUCAGCGCGUGCCAGAAUUGGUGACCGUUGAGGUACUGCGUGUUAAACUGGGGCAUCUGGUGCAAUACUUGCGACUCUGUCGAUUGGGAGAACCGUUCAUGGGAAGAUUACAGAAUACAUACCUGGCCGAUAAUCCGAUGAUCUGCUCAAUGAAUGAUUUGUAUGACAUUUCGUCGGGUGAGAUGACUCUGUAUCUGUGGAACUUAGUCAGCAUUUUCAGACAGCACGUCAUCACAUGUGAGUUUUGCAGUGCUCGAGGACAUGUCUGCGAUACGUGCCGAUCGGGAGACACGAUUUUCCCAUUCGACACACACAACACUCACCAGUGUGAGCAGUGUGGCAGCCUACACCAUAUCAAGUGCUACAUACAAGGCAGUGACUGUGUACGAUGCAUUCGGUUGGGCCAGCAAACUUAGUCACGCGAAGCUACGCCUUCCGCAGAAACUGGUCCUCAAUUUAGUAAAAUUAUUAGAU